AAAACCUAAGGUACUCCUCAUUACAGCUGCAGACUAAUAGACAGAGAGCAGGGGAGUGCUGGAGACACUUUUAAGAGAGGGAGAGGGAAGGAGAGUGAGACAUUGUUAACAGGGAAAGUUAGUUAAACAAGCAGUCCUACUUGUGUGCUCACCCUUCUUUGACUGCUGCCUUCCCAAUCCACUACCUGAGGCACACACAUACACACACACACACACACACACAGGGAGGUGUUUCAGGGAGGCUUAGAGGGCCAACUCUCCAGGGAAGAAGGGAAUUAAAUACUUCAUUCUCAAUCCACGGCGUCCAUACUCAGGACAAAAAAGGGAUUACAGCUCGUACGCCUGCCCCACUUGUUCCUCUCUUCUCUCUGCAUUUUGUCAUAACUUUGGAGACUUUGGAUACAACAUUCUUGAAUUGUUGGUUUGGGCUCAGAGAGGCAUGGCACACGGACAAAAGAGCCCCAGGUGGGCAUUAACCCAGGGCUCCUUCAGCUUGGCACUAGGCCUGUCGCUCUUCUCUCUCCUCCUCCUCCUCACCGUCUCAGCUGCAGAUGAGUACGACUACUACAGCUGGCAGUCGGACAACUUCCACAAUGGCCGCUUCUACACAAAGCAGCCCCAGUGUGUGGACAUACCAGCUGACAUGCGCCUGUGCUACAAUGUGGGCUACAAGAAGAUGAGGCUGCCCAACCUCCUGGACCACGAGACCAUGCCAGAAGUAAAGCAGCAGGCGGGCAGCUGGGUACCCCUCCUGGCCAAACGCUGCCAUGCUGAUACCCAGGUCUUCCUGUGCUCGCUGUUUGCACCAGUGUGCCUGGACAGGCCCAUCUAUCCCUGCCGCUCGCUCUGUGAAGCUGUUAGAGACAGCUGUGCUCCGGUUAUGGAGACCUACGGCUUCCCCUGGCCAGAGAUGCUGACCUGUGAUAAGUUUCCCAUUGAUAACGACCUCUGCAUCCCCAUGCAGUUCACUGGGAACCACGCGACCCAGCCACCAGUGUCGAAGGUGUGCCCUCCGUGUGACAAUGAGCUGAAAGCAGACAACAUAAUGGAGCAUUACUGUGCCAGUGACUUUGCCCUCAAGAUGAAGAUCAAGGAGGUGAAGAAGGAGAAGGGUGACCGGAAGCUGAUAGCAGCACAAAAGAAGAAGAAAGUGUUGAAGCAAGGUGUUUUAAGGAAGAAAGACCUGAAGAAACUGACCCUGUACAUCAAGAAUGGCGCAAACUGCCCAUGCUCCCAGCUGGACAGCCUGGGCUCCAACUUCCUCAUCAUGGGCCGCAAAGUAGACCAGCAACUGCUGCUCAUGUCAAUUCACAAGUGGGACAAGAAGAGCAAGGAGCUCAAGUUCGCCAUCAAGUACAUGAAGUCCCAUCAGUGUCCCACCUAUCACACUGUCUUCCAGUAACGCGUCUCGCUGCACUGUUGGCACAAUCCAUGAUUGCUUUCCACAUUCCACCUUGUUUCACAUAGAUCCUAAUUCUGUGUCCCCGAACCCCAGGUCCCUGCAAAAUCCAGUCCGCUACGUAGCCCUACAAAGGACAUGAAUCAGGUCAUCAAGGGGGUCAUCCUGAUCUGCUUAGAUGAAACAGACAUGUUACUGUUGGAGGGAAAAGCUGCACACAGCUCCCUCUGAAU